GAAGACAGUCAGAUGAAGUUCAGAAGCGGAUAUCAACUGACGCACACACAACUCAUCGACCACUCCCGGAAUCGGGAACACAUGCGAUGAUUUUCGCGGUCCUCUUUUUCCUCUUUUCGGGACUUAUUGAAGGAUUACUUGCUUUCGGUUAUUAUAGCGACACUGAUAACACUUCCGGUGGCGGAUCGAAUAAAUUGCUUUUGAUACUCGUGGACGGUUGUCGGUGGGAUUAUCCUGACCAGGACGUUGUCGGACUUCCGGGAUUUAGGAAAUUAGCUGAAAACGGAGUACGCGCACCGUACGUCACUCCUAUUUUUCCUUCGAAUUCUUAUCCAAACUGGUAUACCAUUGUUACAGGUUUGUAUGCAGAAAACCAUGGAUUUGUUCAAAACAUGAUGUAUGACUCCCUGUAUGGGGAUUUUUUUCUUAUGGGUCCCAAUGACACUGCUUCAGUUCCUCAUUGGUGGGAGAGUGCAGAACCCCUCUGGAUUACAGCAGAGAAGAAUGGCCUUCGAAGUGCUCUUUAUUGGUGGGAUGGUUGCCAGGUUGAAAUAAAAGGGAAAAAACCUACAUACUGUCGAAAAUAUAAGUAUGUUGGAUCUUCUUGGCCAACAGUUAAUGAAGACACCAAAGAUGCUCUACUCACUGCACUGCAAUUAUUAGAAAACAAUGAGAUACAAUUAGUUCAGAUGUAUUAUGAACCAGUAGAUUUUAGCGGUCACAAAUAUGGUCCUAAUUCUUUUGAACGUAAGCAAUCUGUAAAAGACAUCGACAAUCUACUGGACUUACUUCAGCGAGAAAUGUCAAAAAGAGGUUUAGACAACACGGUAAACCUCGUAGUUUUGUCUGACCAUGGAAUGACAUCAACGGAUUCAAGAGGACUGAACGUCAUCAAUCUUCAAGAAAUGAUUGAUAUAUCGGAUAUAAAAUAUAUGGUUUACUAUGGCGCAACAAGCAUGCUCUUACCAUAUGAAGGAAAGACUGAAAAGGUUCAUGAAGCUCUUAAAGGAAUAACUGGCUUGCAUGUUUAUCUUAAAGAAGAAAUACCAGAGCAUUAUCACAUAAAAAAUAGCAGAUUGACUUUGCCAAUUUUGCUGGUAGCUUCAAAGAAUUAUUACAUUAAAGGCCUGGAUAUUCCAGGCAAAAAUAUUCCUACUGGCUCAUCUAUAUCACGAGGAUCUCAUGGUUAUGAUCCUUAUGAAGUUCCAGAUAUGCGUGGGAUAUUCUUCGCACGAGGACCAGCCUUAAAGAAGAAUUACAUAUCUCAACCUCUGCAAAUGGUGGAUAUUUACAACAUCCUUUGUGAACUUUUGAACAUAGAGCCAUUACCGAAUAACGGAACUAAAACAGUUUCAAAAGGAAUAGCAGCUUUGCCAUAUUCCUCUGCCAACCAUAUUUCAAUCCUACCAAUAAAAUUAUAUAUUUCAUUCAUUAUUUGGUCUACGAUAUAUUAUAAAUAUCAAGCUUAUAUAACCUGAUAUAAAUAUUAAAUUUUUUUGUUAAGAAAACUUACUUGAAUUACACAUAAUGAUGUAUAAAAAAAGAAAAAAUAUAUGUGAUAUUUUUAUAAGUUUUAGAAGGUGUAAAUAAGUAUUAAGUAUUGUGAAAUCAAUGUGACAACAGAAAAUCUCUUAUAUAAUAAUUUUUUAUGUUUGAAACUGUAAUAGAAACGAUUCAAUAAUUGAUUUCUUAUGGACUAAUGUUUAAAACUGGUAUUAUCCCUUGCAUUUAAACAAUUAUUUUUAUGAAUAAUUAAUCAAAACUAUUUCAAAGAAAAAUAAAAUCAUAACUUUUAUAAUGUUAUUUUAUAAUGUUAUGCGAAGAAAAAAAAGUAUGCAAAUCGCAUAUACACAUCACUUUCUCUUUCAGUAAAGUCAUAGUAAGAAAUGUUUUACGUGUGAAAAUACAUUUUGCAAAUAAUAUUAUAUCAGAUUAUAUUAUCAGAGGAUGCUGAUUACAGAUAAUGUAGUCAUUGAGUAUUAACUUUCGAGGAGUUUAUAUGAAUUUUGUGAGGUCAGAUUGUUUGCUUCAUAUUAAUCUAACAGCCAAUAAUGCAUGUCUUCAAAUCUUUGAUGAUACAAAUAUUAAUGGGUUCAUACUUGAAUAUAAUUCUUUUUUUGUCAAUAUGAUUUAUAGAUGAAAAUUUUUGCACCCUUCUCCUUUGAAAAAAAAAUUUAACUGUUGAUAGCAACGAGUCUUCAUUUAUUACUAUGACGAUUCGAAUAUUUUUUGUAAAUUAUCCUCAUAUAAGGAUAUAAUGUAAAAUUACACCUUUACUAAUUUAUUACUGAGAAAAGAUUUAAGAAUAUUGACUAUUUGUUUGAAAGAUUUUUAGGGUAAAUUGUUUAAAUAUAACUUGAUAUCAAGCACUCAUAAUAUCAAGUGAAAUGUAAACAAAUUCAAUUUAACACU